GACUCAGGACAGAACUUUGGAGAGUGGUCGCCAGACUUCAGAUCACACUGCUAACUCUGCUCAACCUCGCAUUCUAUUUAACAGGGGGACUCGCAGCAUUCGACUUGAUUUAAAAUACGGGGAUCAAACCUACUGAUAUAAAGGGUUCUGAAUCUACACUUCAAAGGGGAUUGAUUGACUGAUGACCAUAAAGCCAUGCACGUGACACCGGUCAUUUUCAUCUGUGCCCUAGCCUAUGCCACCGCCCAGGGGCCCGACCACGCCCACGGCUGUACCCAUGGCAGCUGUUACCCCGCAACGGGAGACCUGUUGGUGGGCCGUGAGAAGAGCCUAAAGGCCUCGUCUACCUGUGGCUCCAGGAAGAAAGAGCCUUACUGUAUCGUCAGUCAUCUACAGGAUGAGAAGAAAUGUUUCCAGUGUGACUCUCGCCGGCCAUAUGACCCAGUCUACAACACCAUCAGUCACCGCAUCGAGAACGUCAUCACAACGUUUAAACCACACCGCAAGAAGUCCUGGUGGCAGUCAGAGAAUGGAAAGCCUGAUGUCUUCAUUCAACUGGACCUUGAGGCAGAAUUCCAUUUCACUCAUCUAAUCAUGACCUUCAAGACGUUUCGCCCAGCAGCCAUGGUGAUUGAGCGAUCGGCAGAUUUUGGACGUAACUGGCAGGUGUACCGCUACUUUGCCUACGACUGUGCCUCGGUCUUCCCCGGGAUAUCCAAAGGCCCCCUGCGCAAGGUGGAUGAUGUCACCUGUGAGUCCCGCUACUCUGACAUCGAGCCAUCCACAGAGGGAGAGGCCAUCUACAGAGUUUUGGACCCUGCCAUCCACAUUGAGGACCCCUACAGCCCCAACAUUCAGAAUCAGCUGAAGAUCACUAACCUGCGUGUGAACUUCACCAAGCUGCACACCCUGGGUGACAACCUGCUGGACUCCCGUGUGGAGAUCAAGGAGAAGUACUACUAUGCCAUGUACGAGCUGGUCGUCCGCGGCAACUGCUUCUGCUAUGGCCACGCCUCCGAGUGUGACCCCAUCGAUGGGGUCAAGGAUGAGGAGGGCAUGGUCCAUGGGAGGUGUGUGUGUAAGCACAACACCAAGGGUCUGAACUGUGAGCUGUGUGACGACUUCCAUAACGACGUGCCCUGGAGACCGGCUGAGGGACGCAACACCAACGCCUGCAAGAAAUGCAACUGUAAUGGUCACUCCAACCAGUGUCACUUUGACAUGGCAGUGUACCUGUCCACGGGCAAUGCCAACGGUGGCGUCUGUAACGACUGUCUCCACAACACCAUGGGACGCACUUGUGAGAUGUGUAAACCCUUCUAUUACCUGAACCCCAGCAGGGACAUCAGAGACCCAGGAGUCUGUAGUGCCUGUGACUGUGAUCCUGAUGGUUCCCUGAACGGGGGCAUCUGUGACAGGCAUGAUGAGCCGUCCCUGGGCAUGGUCGCUGGGCAGUGCCGCUGUAAGGACCAUGUGGAGGGACCUCGCUGUGACAAAUGCAAGUCUGGCUUCUUCGGCCUGAGUGCAGACCAUCCUCUUGGUUGCCAAGCCUGCCAGUGUGACCCCAGGGGUACGGUGUCAGAGAGACCACCGUGUGACCCUGUGAGCGGGGACUGUUUCUGCAAGCGCCAGGUCACCGGACGCAGCUGUGGCCAGUGUCUGCCAGAACACUGGGCACUGAGUCACGACCUGAAUGGCUGCAGAGACUGUGACUGUGAUGUGGGCGGAGCCACCGAUAACCACUGCUCAAUGGAGAAUGGGCAGUGUCGUUGUCGUAGUCAUAUGAUGGGCCGUCAAUGUACCCAGGUGGAGUCUGGGUACUUCUUCAUGGCUCUGGACCACUAUAUCUACGAGGCUGAGCUGGCCAUGCUGGGACAGGGCUGCAGUGUGGAGCAGAGGGAGCACCAGCCUGAGCGCCCUGCCACCUGGACUGGCACUGGGUUUGCCAAGGUCCCAGAGGGCAGCAGCCUGGAGUUCUCCAUCAACAACAUCCCCUAUUCCAUGGAGUACGACCUCCUCAUCCGCUAUGAGUCGCAAAUGCCACAGGACUGGGAGGAGGUCCGUGUGACUAUCGUUCGGCCAGGGCCCAUUCCCACCAGCAGCCCAUGUGGAAACACCAUCCCUGCAGACGACAUGCUCACUGUUUCCCUGCCUGCAGGAUCCAGGUUUGUCGUGCUGCCUCAAUAUAUCUGCUUGGAGAGAGAAAUCAGCUACACGCUUCACUUUGAGUUCAGUCGCUAUCUGAACGGGAACAAUGUUCUCAUUCCCGGUACAACUGCUGCCAACAUUCUAGUGGACUCUAUCACCCUCCUCCCUCGUUACUCCUCCCUGGAGAUGUUCAUCGGCGGAGACCCCGCCUCCAUUGCCCGGAAACAGAGUUACGAGCGCUACCGCUGCCAUGACGGGGCUAAGAGUGUGGCACGCCCCCAGAUCAGUGACGUCUGUGCCAAACACAUCACCAGCAUGUCAGCCAUCAUUAACCAUGGAGCGUUGACUUGCCAGUGUGACCCCCAGGGGUCAGUCAGCUCAGUGUGUGAAAUGCGCGGAGGUCAGUGUCGCUGUAGGUCCAAUGUGAUUGGACGGCGCUGUGACCGCUGUGCUCCUGGGACGUACGGCUUUGGACCUGCAGGAUGUAGAGCCUGUGAGUGUAGCCUAGAAGGUGCGGUCACUCGGUUCUGUGACCAGCUGACUGGGCAGUGCCCAUGCAGCCAGGGUGCGUUUGGCCAGCGGUGCGAUGGCUGCCAGGCAGGACACUGGGGCUUCCCCAACUGUAAGCAGUGCCUGUGUAACGGACAUGCUGAGGAGUGUCACCAGAGGACCGGAGCCUGUCUCAACUGCAGGGAAAACACUGGAGGGGACAAAUGUGACAGGUGUGCCAAUGGUUACUACGGCAACCCGGUGCUGGGCACAGGUAACGGUAACCGAUGCCAGCCCUGCCCCUGCCCAGAUGGCCCAGACAGCGGAAGACACUUCGCUUCCUCCUGUCACCAGGACAACCGCAACAGACAGGUGGUCUGCAACUGUAACCAAGGAUACACAGGUUCCCGGUGUGAGGAGUGUGCCCCAGGUUACUAUGGUAACCCCUCCCAGCCAGGUGGGCGGUGCCAACCGUGCAGGUGCAGUAACAACAUUGACAUGGCAGACCUGGAUGCGUGUGACCGGAGGACAGGAGAGUGUAAGAAGUGUCUCUACAACACAGAGGGACCGGACUGUGGCGUGUGCAAGAGCGGUUACUAUGGAGACGCCUCGCGACGCAACUGCAGAAAGUGCACCUGUAACUUCCUGGGCACAGCGCAAACCCAGUGUACAGCGCGGGAUGAGUGUGUCUGCCAGCGUGCCACAGGGCAGUGCCUGUGUCUACCCAACACUAUCGGCCUGACAUGUGACCACUGUGAGCCCAACUACUGGAACCUGGCUAGUGGGCGGGGCUGUGAGGCCUGCGGCUGUGAACCCAACAACGCUGUCAACCCGGCCUGCAACGAGUUCACUGGAAAGUGUCAGUGUCGUGACGGAUUUGGUGGGAAGAUCUGCACAGACUGCCAAGAGAACUACUGGGGAGACCCACGGAUCCAGUGUAGAGCCUGUGACUGUGACCCUCGGGGCAUAGAGACCUCUCAGUGUGGCCAGAAGACGGGCCACUGCGUGUGUCAACAGGGGGUGUCGGGCGUGCGUUGUGAUCAGUGUGCCCGGGGCUUCUCAGGCCAGUUCCCUAACUGCCAGCCCUGCCACCAGUGCUUUGGGGACUGGGACCGGGUGGUACAGAACCUGGCUGUCCGAACCAAGACCCUGUCGGAGCGGGCUGUGGAGAUCCAGAACACGGGCUUGACUGGAGCCUAUGAGAAGGCCUUCAGAGACCUGGAGGAGAAGCUGGCACGAGCUCAGGGCAUCGUCAAUGCCCGCAACACCACCACAGAGGCAGUCAGCAGCCUGAUGGAGCUCAUUGAAGACCUCAGGUCUCAGAUAGGGGAGACCACAGAUGUACUAAAUCAUCUGGAGGGAGACCUGACCAGUGUGGGGAACAGUAAUGUUGAGGCCAGUAAUGAGCUCAGUGCUCUAGAGAGAGAGGCCAAAGAGCUCAACCUGACCUCAGAUCAGCUCCACCGCCAACUGGACAUCCUGAAGAACUCUAACUUCCUGGGUGCAUAUGAAAGCAUCCGGAGCUCCUAUAAUAAGUCCCGUGACGCAGAGCGGCGAGCCAACCAGUCCACCACUACCACGCCCAGCACUGUCAGCCAAUCAGCAGACACCCGCCGCAAGACAGAACGCCUCAUCUCUGCCAAGAAAGACGACUUCAACCGCAAGAACGCCGCCAACAAGCGAGCCCUGGGGGACCUCAAUGCCAAGGCACAAACCCUGGACGUGAAGAAGAUCAACGAGAAGGUCUGUGGGAGCCCUGGCGAUUCCCCCUGUGUAGAGAGCCCUUGCGGAGGGGCGGGUUGCCGUGACGACGAGGGGAACAGGCACUGUGGAGGCCUGAACUGCAACGGUGCCGUAGCGAUGGCAGAGAACGCCUUGGAAAAGUCUAAGCACGCAGAGAAAGAGCUGAACAUAGCCAUGAGGGAGGUAGAAGAGCUCUUCCACAAGGUGGCAGAUGCCAAGACCAAGGCGGAGGAGGCAAAGGGUACAGCCCAGGCAGCUCUGGACAAGGCCACUAACACCAAGAACAAUGUGGAGCGCUCCAACAACGACCUGCGGGACCUCAUCAAGCAGAUCCGGGACUUCCUCAUGCAGGAGGGUGCUGAUCCAGACAGCAUUGAAACGGUGGCUAACCGUGUCCUGGAGCUGUCCAUCCCAGCCUCACCACAGCAGAUCAGACACCUGGCAGAGGAGAUCAAGGACCGGGUCCGGAGCCUCUCCAACGUAGACGCCAUUCUGAAACAGACACAGGACGACGUGCGCAAGGCAGAGCAGCUGCUGCAGGAGGCCAAGAAGGCCAGGAAUCGGGCAGACGGGGUGAAAUCCACAGCAGAGACGGUGAAACGGGCGCUUGAGGACGCUAAGACGGCCCAGGCUGCAGCGGAGAAGGCCAUACAGCGGGCGAAGGUUGACAUCGGUGAAACGGAAGUCCGACUAGCACAGAUCGAGUCUGAGACCUCCAGCAGUGACCAUGACCUGAAUAAUGCCAUGGAUCGCCUUGGCAACCUGGGUCGGGGGAUUGAUGGUCUGAAACUCAAGCGUGCAAAAAACAGCAUGGCAGCAGCUCGAGCUGAGGAGACAGCCACUAUGGCACGGGACAAAGCCAAUGAUGCCAAGCAGAUUUUAGAUGGCGAGCUGACGGAUAAGUAUCACACAGUGCAGGACUUGGUGGACAGGAAAGCCAAGACCGUCCAGGAGGCCAAAAAGACAGCAGAGCGCCUGAGAGACGAGGCCAAGGAGCUACUGAAAGACGCUCAGGACAAGCUCCAGAGACUAGCAGAACUAGAGAAAGACUAUGAAGAGAACCAGAAAAAGUUGGAGGGCAAAGCCCGGCAGUUGGAUGGCCUCGAAGACAAGAUGAAGGCUAUCCUCAACGACAUCAACAAACAAAUUCAGAUCUACAACACCUGUCAGUAAACAGGGACCUGGCCGAGUUAAACCAAACACUGACUGACUGCAGACACUAUGUGAACCUACUAUUGCUUUACUCUCUUGUAGGGUGUACACCCUAUGCGCUCUAGUGAGGAACUCAGUACUGCCCAUCAGCCAUGGUGGUUAUCCAACUACACUGUGUAACUGUCUUUUUGAUUGUAAGAUUUCACACACAUAAUAUAACAUUGUGUGCCCUCAGUGUAUUACUGUGUGACUUUCAACUGAAGGAUAGAAGUGGCUCCACAUGACAUUUACGAAAAUAAUUAUCCAUUUGUGUGUGUGAAGAAUACGAAAAUGUGCAAAUAUGUUUAGCCUCAACUCAGAUCAUCCUCCAAACACUGCCACAUUCAGAAUAUAAAUAAUGCCCAAAAAGUACUUAUGAAUAAAUUGUUCUGGAAAAACAAUGAACAAAAGUUGUUAUGUGUACCGACCGAGGAUGAACCGGGGGAUGAUCGGUGACUUUUGACAUGGUUUCUGAUCUCUCCUGGAUUAAAUGAUGGGAUGCUUGUUCUCUUUAAACACUAAAUAGACUCAAUGGAUGGUAUUGUUUCUGUAAUUGAGAGAAAGCUUUUUGGAGUUGCCUGACAAUAAUACUGAAAAAGUAUUUCCACCCUCCAGUGUAGGAAAACUGAAAUUGUGUGACUAAUAAAACUGGAACACCAUCAAUGCACACAAUAAACAUACAUUGCAUAUGCAAUGGUGGGGAGAGAGGUGUGGAUCACCUAAGGAGACUGUAGUUAAAAAUUGUCAUGUCUAAGCGAGUUCAUGUCUUAUUCAACAUCUCUCUAUUAUAAACCCCAUAUAAUAGGCCUGUUUUACUAAUCUCAUACACUGGUUUCAGAGCUGCCUUCCUGUAGAACCAGCCAAGAAAACCUUUGUCACAUGGGAGAAUCU